UCGGCGUCUGCUCGUGGAUCAUGUUCGUUUUGCGUCGUGUUUGUUCGUGGCGCACUGACCCUCUCCGAAGAGGUAGAUCAUGGCUGCGACUCGGACUGAGCCAGGAACUACUUCUGUCAGAGUAGGAGUCCUAACAGUUAGCGAUAGAUGCUCUCGCGGAGAGGCUGAAGAUAAAAGUGGGCCCAAUUUGCAGAAUUUAGUGAAGUCCUCUACCUUGAAUGUCAGUAAGGUUCUCUAUGAAUGUGUCCCUGACGAACGGGACGAAAUUAGACGAGUUCUUUUGAACUGGAGCGAUGUUGAAGAAUUACACCUCGUGUUCACGACAGGAGGCACGGGAUUUUCUCCAAGAGAUGUCACCCCUGAGGUUACAGCGGAAGUUAUUGAGAGAUCUGCUCCGGGACUCUCAUUGGGAAUGCUGUGCGGAUCCUUAAAGGUUACCCCGAUGGCUAUGCUGUCCAGGGCUACCUGUGGUAUAAGGAAAGGAACAGUGAUUGUUAAUUUGCCUGGAAGUGUUAAGGGCUCACAGGAAUGUUUCCAGUUUGUUUUACCAGCUUUACCACAUGCAAUAGAGGUGCUGAGGAGUAGUCCGAAUGUGGGUGUCACACAUGCAGCAAUGCAACAUGUCUGUCCACACACGGCUCACAACAAACCUGUACAAGAUCUAAGCAAGGUGGCAGAGAGGGAUCGCCAUUCCCCAUAUCCACUUGUACGGAUGGAUGAAGCCCUCUCUAUGAUCAUGAACAAUUCUAACUGCCUUUCAACAACAGUUAUACCCAUAGAAGAUGCUUUGGGUUAUGUACUUGCAUCAGAUGUGAGUGCAAAAGAACCCCUCCCUCCCUUCCCUGCCUCAGUCAAAGAUGGAUAUGCUGUGUUAGCUUCAGAUGGACCAGGGGAACGUGUGGUCCUGGGCGCAGUCACUGCAGGGGAAGUCGUGGCAUGUAAGGUCACUUCUGGCCAUGUGAUGCGCAUCAACACUGGUGCACCACUGCCACCCGGUGCUGAUGCAGUCGUUCAAGUAGAGGAUACAGAACUACUUGAAAGUGAUAAUGAUGGAAGAACUGAGAAGAAAGUUAAAAUUCUUACAACUCCUAAACCUGGCCACGAUAUCAGACCAGUUGGUUUUGAUGUGAGUGUAGGACAGCAAGUACUCACAACAUAUCAAAAACUAGGACCAGCAGAACUAGGUCUUCUGGCUUCUUUGGGUGUCACCAAAGUUGAAGUUUUCCAAAAGCCAAGAGUCGCUGUGCUUUCUACUGGAAAUGAGGUUGUCAAUCCAGGAGAGGAAACCAAACCAGGGCAAAUCAGGGACAGCAAUAGGGUUGCUUUAAAGUCACUGAUUAAAAUGCAUGGAUUCGAGCCCCUUGAUUUAAAAAUAGCAGCAGACACACCCUUGGAGGUGGAAUCCUCUCUUAAAAGUGGCUUGGAGAAGGCAGAUGUUCUUGUUUCAUCUGGUGGAGUAUCAAUGGGAGAAAAAGAUUUUCUGAAACCAGUUCUACAAGACAGACUUGGAGCAACUAUCCAUUUUGGGAGAGUUUUCAUGAAGCCAGGCAAACCAGCAACCUUUGCCACAACCACAAAUGGUGGGAAGAAAAAACUUAUAUUUGCCCUUCCUGGAAAUCCAGUCUCUGCAAUGGUCACUUUCAACCUGUUUGUUCUUCCAGCAGUGCGCAAGAUGGCUGGCUCACAACACCCCCAGCUAACAAAGAUCAAAGCAAAGUUGCCUCAGCCUGUAAACCUGGAUCCAAGACCUGAGUAUCACAGAGUCACCCUGUCUUGGAAGCCAGGAGAAGCUGUUCCAUCAGCAGUAUCUACAGGUAGUCAGUGCAGCAGUAGGUUAAUGAGCAUGAGGAGUGCUAAUGCAGUGCUUGUGCUGCCACCUAAGAGUGACACUCUAACCAGGAUUGAUGCCGGAGAGAUGGUGGAUGCAUUGGUGAUAGGGGAAAUCUAAACAACUGAAGUGUGAAAAUAAGAAAUAAUUAUAUUGAUAUUUCCGUGUAAAAUGUGCAAGGUAAUGGUAAUGUGGUAAUGUGGUAUAGAACAACUACAUGCAUCAAUUAAUGCUGAAUAGCCCAUUUCCAAAUUGCUUUUAGCCUCUUUUUCAAAGCGAGUCCUGGUGCUCAUCCUUUCGUAUGGUAA